AUGGAUUCUGUACAUAAAGGUGCCGAAGAACUUUUGGCGAAAUACAUUGAUCAUGAGGAAAACAACAGUUGGAAUGCAUUAUUCAUGGUAUGACGGCGAACUUAUGUAGGAACUCUUUAUAGGAGCUGCACGAAAUUUCUGAAAAGCAAGAACGAGAUUUGGAAUUGUCAUAUGAGGUGUCUUUAUCUCCAAAGAACUUGCCGAAGAACAGAUACUGUAACGUCGUCCCAUGUGGGUUUAUUUUUGAUGUUUAUCGUCAAUGCUUUUUGACGGUUUAUAUUUCAUUUUUUAGAUGACCAGCAUUUAGUGGAAUUGAAGGAUACUUAUAUAAAUGCUUCGAAGUUGACGGUCCCGUUAACAAAGAAAGGUUAUAUUUUUACUCAAGGUCCGUUGGAAAAUACGUCCGCCGAUUUUUGGCAUAUGGUUUGGGAAGAGGAAUGCAAAACUGUUGUCAUGCUAUGCACGUUUAUGGAAAGAGGUGUGCCAAAGUAAGACGAGAAACUUGUUGAUUUAUGUAAAAUCAGAUGUUUUCCAUACUUUCCACAUAUCGGUGACAAGAUCCAAAAUCAUGGUGAAUAUUCAGUUGAGUUGAUUGAAGAGAAGGGCCACAAACAUUACACUGUCCGUACGCUAAGGCUGAGGAAGGGAGAAAAGGAAGACAAACUGGUUCAACACUUCCAAUAUACAACUUGGCCGGACUUCGGGGUGCCCGAAAAUGUGAAAGAGUUUCUGGACUUCGUGGAAGCUGUGCGGGAUUACGAUGACGAAGUCGACUCCCCGAUUAUAUGCCAUUGCAGUGCCGGUAUCGGCCGGACGGGAACAUUUACUGUUGUCGACGUUCUUGUUACUGCAAUUCGUGCCCAGCUUGAAGAACCGUUGCCUUCUAUAGACGACUUAAUAGUUUUUCUUCGUCAGUAUCGGAUGUCCUUAGUUCAGACCCCGGCACAACUUCGAUUCUCAUGGAAGGCAGUGGUGGAAUAUAUCAAAUCAAAAGUUGUGCAGAAUGUCGAAGAUCGAUCGGUCGAUAAUGGAGAAUACAAGAUCGAGGAUGCGAACAAUGGCCAGAAAGAAAAAGUCACCAGAAAAGCGUCUACUUUGCCACGAAAACGAAGAUCGGAGGGUCAACAAUCUCCAGGAGCAGCGGCUCAGAAAAGGUAAGCACUCGUCUGUAUGUGCACGUUUGAUAAGGAUACACGCCGAAGAGGUCGUGUUGGAACUUUUUCCCACUCUCUGCGAAUUGUAAAAUUUAGUCGGUUUAGGAAGUCCGAAGAGCCCUAG